AUGAUUGAUAACUAUAAAGACUGGUAUGAACAACUGCUAUAUGCAUUACUGGGAUAUCGCACAACCGCCAGAACUUCAACCGGAGUAACUCCAUACCUGCUGGUCUAUGGCACUGAGGCGAUGAUACCAGUUGAAGUAGAAAUCCCUUCACUUCAAAUCAUACAAGAAGCUGAAUUAGACGAUGCAGAAUGGAUUCGCAAGAGGUAUAAACAACUAGCUUUGAUAGAUGAAAAGAGGAUGAUUGUCGUUUGCCACGGGCAAUCGGUACUCAAGCGGAUACUCCCAAAUGAAGAAGAAUACAAAGGAAAGUUUGCACCAAACUGGCAAGGGUCCUAUAUGGUGCGGAAAGUAUUAUCCGGAGGAGCAGUUAUCCUCGCUGAAAUGGAUGGUUAA